AUGUCAAAUCCAACUUUCACCUCUCCUCCAACAGAGGUAACAAUCCCUUCACCUCAACCCACAAACCACAAACUCGACAUUCACUCCAAAAAUCCAGAUAUUGAAGAAAAUGGACUACACAAAUUAGUCAAUGAACAAACUGCAAAAGAUAUAUGGACUUUCCUUCUUGUUUUUAGAGUUUUCAAUUCUUUUCUGGUCAAAACUUUCUUUCAACCAGAUGAAUAUUUUCAAUCUUUAGAACCUGCAUGGCAAAUUGUUUUUGGCUUGGAUAGUGGUGCUUGGCUUACGUGGGAAUGGCAUUAUCAAUUAAGAUCUUCAUUACAUCCAGCUCUCUUUGCAGCUGCAUAUUAUCUAGUAGAUAAACCUAUGGAAUUUGUGAAUUUCUUUCCUCAAUUUCGAGCAGAAGUCUUAGCUGUAUUACCAAACAUUAUUCAAGCUAUUUUUGCUGCAGCUUGUGAUUAUUAUACUUGGAAAAUGGCUGAAAAGAUGUAUGGAUUAGGUAGUAGAACUGGUUAUUUUACUUUACUUAUGAGUGUAUUCAGUCCUUGGAAUUGGUUUUGUUCAACAAGAACUUUUUCAAAUUCUUUGGAAACGAGUUUAACAAUUACUGCUUUGUAUUAUUGGCCUUGGGAUUUGGCAAUUAAUUCUGGAGAAAAGAUUAAAGAGGAGACGAAAGAAUCAACAAGGUCUGUGUCUGAAGGUGUUUUCAGGACAGCGAAAUCCAUUAACCAGUAA